GUACGGGAUGGUUUAGGAAGCAUUAAACACUAUCGGGAGGUAGAGAAUCCAAAAGCAUAUGGUGGCAUAUUGGGAUUGGUGGCAGAGCAAGGUGAAGGUUGGUUCAAUAUACGCCAGAAGGUAAAUCCAAUCUUGAUGAAGGUACAAAAUAUGCGUGAAGCAUUGCCGGAAAUCGAUCGUAUUGCAAUGGAGUUGGUGGAAAAAAUCGGGACGGUGCGCGACCCAAAGACUGGCUUGCUAACCGCUGAUUUCAGCAACGAGAUGCGCAUGUGGUCUUUUGAAUCCAUUUGCUAUGUGGCGCUAAAUUCACGUCUACACCUUAUCACAGGCAAAGCCGAUGCCGAUGCGAUGCGUAUGUCCAGCACCAUGGCGGAAUUCAUGCAGGCCACCUAUGAGCACGAUAUCGCACCAUCGAUUUGGCGAAUCAUAAAGACGCCCAGUUUUAAACGACUUAUGCGCUUGCAUGACGACUUGACAAUGCUCACCAGGAAAUUCAUUGAUAAGGCGCUGGAGCGCAUCGAAGCGGAGGGGAGAAAGGAGGCGGUAAGUGUAUUGGAAAAGCUUUUGCGCGUCGAUAAGAAUAUAGCUGUUGUGAUGGUAAUUGAUAUGCUGUUCGGCGGCUUGGAUACGACAUCUUCCACAGUCAUAAAUGCCCUUUUUUUACUUGCGAAAAAUCCGGAAAAACAGAAUAUAUUGCGAGAAGAAUUGCGUACACUCCUCCCAAAUGUCGAUACUCCGCUGGUGGCACAGAAUUUACAAAAUAUACCCUAUUUGCGUGCUUGCAUUAAAGAAUCGAUGCGCAUAACGCCAAUCGUAAGUGGCACAAUGCGUGCAACUGGUCGCGAUUUGGUACUUUCUGGUUAUAGAGUGCCAAAAGACAUUGGCGUACAUAUGAGAAAUAUGGAAUUGUGCAACUCGGAUACGUUCUUUGCACGUUGUAGUGAAUACCUGCCUGAGCGUUGGUUGAAAACACCGAAAAAUGUGCCGAGUGCAAACGAUGCAGCCAAGAUGCAGAAUCCAUUCGUUUAUUUGCCUUUCGGUUUCGGUCCACGCACUUGCGUCGGUAGGCGUUUGGCUGAUUUGGAAAUGGAAGUCUUGUUGGCACGUUUGUUCCGCAAAUAUGAGAUUACUUGGACUGAUGAGAAAAAUGAUUUGGAGUAUAAAAGCAAUUUGAUACUGACGCCAUGUGGGGAAAUGAAAUUCAAAUUUGAAGAGGUUGAAUAGUAAUUUGAAGGUUAUACGAAUAUUUGCGGUUAGAUUUCGAUGGUAUUUGCCUUUAGUUAUAGAUACAAUUAAUAAAAAAAAAUUUAAUUAUAA